UGUCAUUUAAUUUUUUAAAUAUUCUUCUCUACCUAGUUGUGAGCGUUUGCGGCAAAGAAGGUAAAGCUGAUCACGCAAGUGGAAGAUCUAGAUACAGGCGUCAGCUUUCUAUUGUGAAUAACAUCUACACUCUUGAUCACUUUAUCGAGUUGGUUGAAAAGAUUGAACAACAUCCUCAGACCAAAGAUAAGUCUUUAAAAGAAAUUGCUAACUAUGUGAGAAAACUGGGAUACGAUAAUAGCAUGUGGACGGAUCUCCUUGGUAACGCAGGUAAWAGUCUGCCUACUGGAGUACUMACCAGUKMGGAAGAAAGAGUCCUCAAUAACAUGGUUGUACACCGCUACUUUAGGUCACGUGAGCUUGGCGUCGUCAAAACCCCGACCGGAAACGUGGCAAUGGGUCACGUAAUGACUGGGAUUUGCGCGGGAGCUAGUCGCAAGAGCAUUCUUAUCGCUGGCGUAUCUAUUGACAAUCUUUAUGCUGCGACUAUUUCUGGUGACCUUGGACAAACUGCUUUGCAUAAACAGAUCGACCAAUCACGACUGCUCUUUGGUCCCGGAGGCUUUUGGUCGCCAAAUGAAAACUGUCCAGCCACUUUCAACGCCCCAUCAUCGCAAACUUCCGAAGCAACUAAUGCAGWACUCCUUGGUGAUAUCGAUGGGUUUCUACUGGGGUACAACAUCCCUGAUUAUGUUUCCAAAAAAGUUCGACUUGGUCAGUUGUUGAGAAUGUACUAUUCAGGGGGAGUUCUCUACGACACUUCUUUCGUUAGUUGCAGCAGGAAGCUAAAGUUUACGCAAUUGGUGAGMCGWGAUASGUUGRGGACACAAGUUCAGGGUKUCAUGAACGGCCUCAMKGAAAGGUGGCGCGGUAGUGCAGAUUUUUCUAGCGUGCCAAGCAGUUCGAUUCCACAUCUCGCAACAACUACUGUUACAGAAUUUUUCAAACAUCUUGGUAAGCUACAUUACCUCUUUAGUUCAACAUUAUUACGUACAUUAUUGCAUUAUACGUAUAUAUCAUUUCGUCAUAUGUUGUACAAACCUACUGACUUUAUGUUUCUUYGCAGCAAGGUACUUGGUGACUUUGAAAUCUCYCCGAUUCAAACUCGGGUUGCUGUAAUAGAGUAUUCAGGUUCCGCCAGAUUGGCGAUUGAUUUAGAUACGUAUGGAUCRAAGACAAGGUUAAAGUGUGCCGUAGAAGCAAUUCAUCACCAAGGCGGAGGUACUAAUACGGCUGAGGCAGUUAGACUUGCCUACAAUAUCAUGAAGACAGAAGAAGAGAAAUCCCAACAGAUCCAACAGAUUAUGAUAUUACUAACGGAUGGGAGGUCAAAUGAUGAAUCCGCUCUAGAGAGAGAGGUCAAAGUUGCAAAGGCAAAUCUCACAGGCGUAACCAUGAUAGCCAUUGGUGUUGGAGGGUACGACAGACAUGAACUCGAGAUGAUUGCGACUGAUCCCACCAAUCACGUGUUUACGUCUACAGAUUUUGCACAGCUGACUGACCUGGUGAAAACGUUACGCAAUAAAACUUGCGACACACCUGCUCGUUUGGCCAUAAGUUUUCGUAACGACGGAGGAAAAAAAUCAGUUACCGUUGGUUUCGUUUCGCCUGGGAAAGCUCGUUAUUUCACUUUGCCAGCCAAGCUGUUUUACGGAAAUCGAGAUAUCAACAUUAAGGUGACGCCGUUCUUUGGAUCGAUUCUCGUUUAUGCGUCAAGAACUAAUAAAAACCCAGGACCAAGUAACUACACGUACAAGCUUGAGUCCAAAGGUGUUGCGGGUGAAUAUUUGAAUCUUCAUUUCAAAGACGUUUGCAAAGGUUAUAACGAGACAACAUGUCCACCAAUCUACAUCGCUAUCCAAGGAAAAUUGUCCAAGCUUUCCUGCCAUGGUGAGUGUUCGAAAUAUUGGUCAUAAAAAUCACAAUAAUCGUUUCCUUCCGCUGGUAACUUUAUA